AUGGUAAAAUCCGCCAGGGCAGCGGAAGCCGAGGGACGCGUACGCAACUCGGACGCAGAAGAGCUCGGCACUGCGGGUACCUCUGGGCCUUCUGGCAAUCGGCGCGAAGCCAGAAGCGUCCGGGGGCCCAGGGCUCCAUUGUGGCUGGCUGGCCGGCCGCUGGCAGCAAGCGCCCGGUGGGACAGGAUAGGACAGGACAGGGCCCCCGCCUUCGCGGUGAGGCCUGUAUCCCUGUCCGCUAGUUUAAAUUGCACUUUGGUAAGGAAGGCGCAGACCGCAACCAGUCGGCUGGUCACUGCCCUGGUGAGGGAGGAAUCGAGCAGGAAAAAAAAAAGAGAAAACGAGAUGGCGCGGGUAUGGCCGCGAUGCGCGAAUGCGAAAAUAGAGAUAGGGCAGAAUAUCAAGAAGACACCUUAA